GUGCCAAAUCCAGAGCUCUCUUGUUCCCCAUUGGGUCUGAUAUUUUUCUCUGCUACGUUUCUUCGUUGGUGGAAGCUGCUGCUGAGUGAAGAAAAACGAGAAAUUGAAUGUGUCUUCGAAGUGCUAAGCAAAAUAGAAUUCCCCCGUGUUGAGCAACCAGCAGCAUAACUCUGUUUUGGAGUGUUUCAUUUCACCACCGAUUAACCCCUUCGAAGGUGAGGGAAGCUAGAUCAAUGUUGCAUGCAGCAUCUGCCCCAAGCCUUUGUUUAAGCUAUCCCAGGAACCUUCAUUAUCCUAGUAACUUAACAAAGCAUCCGGCCAAAACAAGAUUUUCUGUUCGUUGUUCAGUGCCAGGGACAAAGAAUGGAGCUCAAGUGGAAUAUACUCCAUGGCUCGUUGUUGGCUUGGGUAAUCCUGGAAGUAAAUACCAUGGCACAAGGCACAAUGUUGGAUUUGAAAUAAUUGAUAGCCUUUCUCGAGCAGAAGGGAUUCUUAUGAACACAAUACAGUCAAAGGCCUUGAUUGGACUAGGUUCAAUAGGAGACGUACCAGUUUUGCUGGCAAAGCCCCAAACAUACAUGAACUUCAGUGGAGAAGCAGUCGGGCCGCUGGCUGCAUAUUAUCGAAUACCCUUGCGUCAUAUUAUACUAGUAUAUGAUGAAACAAGCCUUCCAAAUGGUGUUUUAAGGCUUCAACCUAAAGGUGGACAUGGGCAUCACAAUGGAUUGAAAAACGUGAUGGGUCAUUUGGAUGGUUCUCGUGAUUUUCCUCGACUUGCAAUCGGAAUUGGAAACCCUCCUGGAUCUAUGGAUUCAAGAGCUUUUCUUCUACAGAAGUUCAGUUCAGUGGAACGCCAGCAGAUUGAUGAUUCAUUGGAGCAAGGAGUUCAAGCUAUCAGAACCUUAGUUCUCCAUGGGUUUAGCCAGCAUGUCAGUAGAUUCAAUUUAGGGCAAAAAUACAAGUACCACAAAGUUUAACUUUAACAGCCAGUUUUUUGGCAUAGAUGAAAGUCAUGGUUACCUUUUUUGUGUAUGCUGAUAGUUUAUCCUCAAAAAAUUCCCUGAUCUGUGAAUUUGUGUAAAGCUCACACAUGCAAUGGUGCUCAUAUGGCUAUGGCACAUAGUCACUUCGUAACACGUAAUGAAAACUUCAUUUCACUAA